AUGCGCUACACACACGCGAUAGUGACACGGAUUCCACAACAAUUGAAAUUCGAAAGUAAGAAGGCAGCUUCAAAAGUGGACUUGGAAAAGGCGAGGAAACAGUUCGAUGAUCUGAACGAAACUCUCAGAGAAGUAAGUCGGCGUUCGGUUUUUGCUCGGCUUUUAGGGUUCAAUAAUAUUCAGAUACAGAUGAGAUCGUAUCUGGUUUGAUUUGUCAUCAAUUGGCAGGUUUUUGUGAUUUCUAGUGCUUAUUUUGAAAAGUUUAUUGAUAAGUACGACAACAUUUUGUUUUAAAAUUGUCCCAAAAUUACUUAUGAACCUAAAAGUACCCAUACCUACUACAACUCAACUUUUUCAGGCAGGAAUAGAAGUCCUCGAGCUAGAGCCAGAAGAAAACACCCAUCUACACAACCUAUACCUAGAUGACACAGCAGUGAUUAUCAAUGGCACGGCACUCUUAUGUCGUCCAAAGAAGAAACACACCCGAACAGCUGAAGUGGCGUCGUAUCUCCGUGACAUCGUAUGGCAGAUUGUAGAAACUCCAGAGAAAGAGAACAACAAAGAAGUUGUGUUAGAAGGCUCUGACGUUGUUUUUACGGGGAAAGAGAUCUUUGUAGGUGUCAGGAAGCAUGGUACGAAUGUUGAAGGAGCAGUUAUUGUAGCCAGGACAUGGCCUGACCUACCUGUCAUUCCAAUUCAGUUGAGUAAGGACAGUCCGCCGUUAAAACACUUUGUAGCUGUCGCUUCUACUGGAGUAUUAUCGAUGGGGAAGACGAAGGAGGCGAUGGUUGUGAGACAGGUAAACGUAAUCUUAAUAUCAGUGAUGGACGGGUGAUUUUGAAUAGAUAUAUUAGUAUUAGUGACAGGCGGGUGAUUUUGGCCAAAAGGGAGAUAAAUGUACGUAUAGUAAAGGGUAGGUUACGGUAUUUUAGGCUGGCGUGAAAUGUGUAAGUUCUUAUGCUCACUAUAAAAACUUUUUUUAGAGGAUAGAACGAGAAUCGACAUUCCGCUACAAAGUAUUAAGUAUCGAUGCAGAUGAACACAUAAAUUGCAUCAAUGCGAAUCAUCAUCUCAUCUUCAGGAAUGAAAACUCAGACAAUUCAGUAAGUAACUUUAUAAACUUAUGUAUAGUACCCAAACUAACAUUACAUUUUUUACCGUGAAGGUUAAAACCAAUGACAAGCUAAGUCAAUAGUCUGACAAAUAGGUUUUUUUUCAAUUAUAAACUAGUUUUUAGCCCAAAAUGUCAAUUGAUAAUCUAAAAAUUUUCAGAAAUACCGUCUACUACAAGCCCCAACAGAGUUAUGGGGGAUAGGAGUUGAUGAGCUUGUUAAACUAGGAGCCCCAUUCUCACGUUUUUGCUUGUUAGCACGUAGGAUAUCAUCAUUAAAACAGCUCGAUUAA